AGCACUUCGAGCGGGACAGGCACAGGCACGUCGAGCAGUGCAGAAGCGACGGGUACGGAGGGGCCUUGUGGUGCCCAGUGCGCGUCCGCCAGUGAUCAGGCGGCAGGACAGCUUAUCACAGCUUGCGAUGUCUCGGAUACGGCCUGCAUCUGCGAUGCUACUUCGAUGCUCUCUGCCGGAUGCCUGACCUGCACAUUGACCGAAGCCGGCAUUACAGCGGCUGAGUUUGAUGCAGCCUGCGGCGCCGCCGCUAGUACCCUGUCCGGCAGUACUAGUACAACAGCAACACGUGCCACAAACACCGCCGGUAUCUCUACGACCAGUCAGAGAGUGUCAUCAGGGAGCAGCGGCUCGUCGACCAGGAGCAGCACUUCGACUAGUGGCUCUUCAGCGUCUUCGCCAAGUACUACGCAGAGUCGGGCUGCGGCAGUGGGCACCAAGAGUUCGGGUGCACUUUUGGCCGCUGUAGCUGUUUUGGUGGGCAUUGUCAUGGCAUAAGGUAUCUUCAUUUGGACUAUUAUUUUCGAUUUGAAAGACACGAUCCUUGAGAUUCCAAGGACUCGG